AUGCCCCAGGAGCCCCAGCAGACAGACUUCCAGCUGGUGCGAGUCAAGAGCACAUGGUGCCGCAUCAAGAAAGGAGAAGCCCUUUCCAAUGGGAAGGAUGAGAUGAUUCUCUCCGAGGCAAAAAUAGGUGAGUGCAUCUCUGAAAGUGGGAUUUCCUGGACAAUUGAAGCUCCCAUCUAUUUUUGCUACAAAGUGGUAGAAACAUCCAAUAUUCUGGAUCCCUCUAACACUACUCUGCUCCGGGGUCACAUCACUGAUUCCCAGCAACUAGAGCUCACCACUAGCAGCAAAAGGAAAUUGAGGCGCUUUAUUGUCAUAGAUGAGGUCGUUGACAAACUUUAUGGCUCCAAAGUCAGAGAAUACUUUGAAGAGAAUAAUGUCCAGCACAAAAUACUUGCUCUGCCUACCACCGAAGAGACAAAAUCCAUGGACUUGGUCUUGAACAUUUUACAAGAAGUCCAGAACUUCAGCAUCGACAGGCGAACUGAGCCCAUCAUUGCCAUCGGAGGAGGUGUCUGCCUGGACAUCGUAGGACUAGCUGCCUCCCUCUACAGAAGACGUACCCCUUACAUUCGGGUCCCAACCACCCUCCUCUCUUACGUUGAUGCCAGUGUGGGGGCGAAGAAUGGGGUGAAUUUUCUGCAGUGUAAGAACAAGCUCGGGGGCUACACCCCCCCAGUAGCUAGUUUCCUGGACAGAUCCUUCAUCCAGAGCAUUCCUCGGCGACACAUCUCCAACGGCCUUGGGGAAAUUUUAAAGAUGGCCCUCAUGAAACACAAAGGGCUGUUUGACCUGCUCAAGAGCCACGGAAAAUACCUCCUGGACAGCAAGUUCCAGUCUUGCAGUGGCUUUGCUGACCAUGGGGAUGCUGCACUGCAGACUACCAGGAUUGCCAUUGAAACCAUGCUGGAAGAGCUGGCUCCCAACCUCUGGGAGGAUGACCUGGACAGACUGGUUGAUUUUGGUCACCUUAUAAGCCCAGAGCUGGAAAUGAGGGUUUUGCCAUCCCUGAUGCACGGGGAGGCUGUGAACGUCGACAUGGCAUUCAUGACGUACGUCGCCCACGCGCGAGGGCUCAUCAGCGCCCAGGAGAAGGAGCAGAUCCUCCAGUGCAUGCAGGGCCUGGAGCUGCCAGUCUGGCACAGCAGCUGCAGCUGGGCCCUCAUCCAAAGAGCCUUGAGGGAACGCCUGGAGCACAGCGGGGGACAGCUCCGGAUGCCUCUGCCCACCGGCCUAGGCGUAGCAGAGAUAUUCAAUGACACCACUGAAGAGACCCUGGAAAGAGCAUACAAGCUGUGGGUCAGAGACUGCAGGAUGGUGCUGGAGGAAGAGCCAGCUGCUCUCUGA